AUGCGAGUUUCAGCAACAUGCAUAUUAUUUAUAUUUGCCGCGCUCAAUGGACUACUCAAAGCCAACGAGUUGUAUGAUUUCGAACAUCAUUGUACUGAGGAUGAUGGGCGAUUGACUUGUAUAGAUCCAUUCACAGGUUUUGAUUACGAACUUCUCACACCAAAUGACGGAAAGACAUAUACUUCAAAAGAAUUGUUUGACACAUACAUCGACAAUCAAAUCAGGGCUCGAAACGAGAGAGUUGCACGCGCUAGCUCUAUCAAUCGUAUCUCCAGGUGGACUUUGAAAAAGGGAAACAUAGUUUUCAGUAACAUGCGGCAUUGGAUAUCUAACAACCGAAAAGGACCCAGAGCAAUAUGCCAUGUCCCAUGGAAAGAUCUAUGUUUAUCUUGGGCAUUAUAUGACGGUAACCUAUUACCAAACGGAGCAAAUGCCGAUACAGCAGGAUUCGCAUCGAGAUGUGUCCAAGCAGGGAUGACUGUUGACGUGGUGGCUGCAACUUAUAACUACUCCCACUUUACCUGCGUCACUGAAAGUGAAAGUGCAAAACAGGUCAGGUGUAAUGGGCCCUCACAAUCUAUGUCUCGCCCAUUAGGAUCUCAAAGUUGCAAUAAAAUGCAAUAA